GACUGGCUCCAUGCAGCCAUGGAGAACAGCUUUGGGACCCCUGAAAGGGCAUCCAGGGAACCGCAUAGAAACACAUGGAAAGAAACAGCCGGCAAAACUGACAAACUCAAGGCCACCCAUUCAAUUCUGACUCACAGCGACCCUCUUAGGACAGAGGAUGGAGCAGAUAAAAAGAGCAAACAAACUAUUUACCAAUGAUUGUAUAUUUCUGAAGAAAACUCUGAACAUCCCAGUUAUAUCAGAGAAGCCUUUGUUGUUUAAUGGACUUAACUCAAUCGAUUCUCCAGAAAAUGAAACUGUUGAUGGCAGUCUUUCCCACGGAGAGGAGCCGCAGGGGACUAGGGCAGACCUGUCCCCUCCCAGCCCUCAGGAGGCAGACGCAGAGCCAGUGCAGCCUGAGGAAGUGUCGGCCCAAGAUUUCCUGCAGAGACUAGACUUGCAGAUUAAGUUAUCCACACAGGCAGCCAAGAAACUAAAAGAAGAAAGCAGAGAUGAAGACAGUCCCUAUGCAGCUUCCCUCUAUCACAGUUAGACGACUAGCGAGCCUGCUUCUCCCCUGGAUUAAGAAAUGGCUGGACCCGAAAGAAGCCAAGAACCGAAGACUCAAAAGCAUGUCUUUUGAACUUCCACAGCAUACAUCUUAAACUCACAAUUUAGUAGUUCCACCGACUGCCCUUGCUCCGAUGUGAUCGGUUCAGUCUGGCUUUCCCUGAUUUGAAGUCUUCGUCUGGCAUGAGAGCAAAAUUGUACCCUUCAAGCUUAUCUAUUUUGUAGGUGGUGGUAGUUUGCAAACUAGUCUUUGUAAAAUACUGGUUGACAUAAAGCAUCAAAGAAUUAUUUGCAUAGUCAAGAUCCAAACAGUUUCGCUCCUGAUGAAAUCCUAUGUGCAAAAAUAACGGUGGCUGUUUAUGUGAUGCUGAAUGUGCUGUGUGUUUAUAACUUAAAUGCUAUCUCUCUAUAUUUCAAUAUGUAUGGCAUAUUCUAUAAUACUAAAGAGAACCACAUUUUGUCCCUUAUUUUGUAAAAAUAAACUACAAAAGUCUGAAUGCGAAAAUAAACUAUGUUUUCAUA